GACAUCGCCAUGGGAAGCAUGUGGUGAUAGUCUGUGAGUCGCAUCACGCUACCACUUCGUCCGUUUCAGGUCCCGUAGCUUCCCUUCCACGUCGCAUCGCGACUCGUUUUCUCCUUGUGAGCAUCAACAAUGCUUGCAAGCACACGUCUUUCCCCGUCUUUCUCCACCGCACACGGCCGCGUCGUGUUGCUGUCGUGUCUCCAAAUUUCCGCAUCGGUCAAUCGAGCAAGCUCAAGCGCCGGCACAACUCCACCGCCAAUCCGCCGCGCGAAUUUCUGGCAUGCCUGCAUCCGGCUUCGCGCCGCUGCUUUACGGAGAAACAUUGCUGUAACAAGAGCCCGGCGAGGUGAGCUUUGCUUGACUCAAUUUUGAGUUCGCGCGGCGUCGCGGGGAACAACGUUGAGCUUCCUGCGCAGGGAUGCGCGAAGCUGAGGAGAGUCAGCUGUCGCGGUUCGAGGUGGCUGCGACGGCGGCCGGAGGAAAGGCCGGUGAAGGGGGGCGUUUCUGCCAGGGUGCUCCUUUACCCCGGAUCUACGGGGCGCCCACGUUGUUGACGAUGGGCGUUUGUAGUCAUGGUAGCCGAGGGAUGGGUGUAGGGCUGAUGCUUGGGAAGAGUGUGUCAGUUCUCGACUGCAACAUGGGAUUGAUUGGGUAUUGGAUA